AUGAGCGCUUCAGCUGGAAGCGACCAUGCAGCCGGCGCUGCUUGUGUGUCUGAAUUGCAUUCACCAGUCGGUCAUGACAAUGGCGAAACAAACUUGCCGACUGCGUUCAAUGUGCCGUCCAUGUCCCAUGUAGAUGCUACCGUGGCGCAGGCACUUGUUCAAGAAGCACACCGUGCACAAACCAUGGCCGGGUUUCCGACAGAUGCUGCGCUCAGCGCAGCAACAAAUGCUCCGCAGCCUGUUGUGCCAUUGCAGCCAUCCUAUACCCAGACUGUACCUGCACCUAUUGUGCUGCGCGUGUUGAUUAUCACAAGUGACGCAAGUGUAAUUAUUGGGAAGCAAGGCCGUCAUAUCAAUGAAAUUCGCGAGCUCAGCAAUGCGCGUCUCAAUAUCAGUGAAAGCGUUCCUAUGAGCCCGGAACGCAUACUUACCGUUUCCGGUCCACUUGAUGCUGUAAGCAAAGUUUUUGGUUUAAUAGUGCGCCGCAUGACGGAUGAACCGUAUGAUGAGCCGUCCGUCCCAGGCAUGCGCAUUGUGACAAUCCGGCUCAUAAUUCCGAAUUCACGCAUGGGAUCCAUCAUUGGUAAGCAAGGCAACAAGAUCAAGGAGAUUCAAGAGGCCAGCGGUGCUGCAUUGAAUGCAGGAGAGACGAUGCUGCCGGGAUCUACGGAACGCGUUUUGAGCAUUACCGGAGUUGCCGACUCGAUUCACAUCGCCGUGUUCUAUGUGGGCACCAUUCUUUUGGAACAUCCAGAUCGCAACGCGAACAAUUUGGCGUACCGCCCCUCGGCUGCACCCACAGCUCGCUCUAUGAGUACCGCGCCAUUUAACCCAACUACAGCUCCUAUGAGCAGUGCACAGCCUGCAAGUGCAUACCGCUAUGGUGGCACGGCCAGUCCAAAUCCACUGCCAUCCACAUUAGCGCCCGGCUCGCAGACGCAGCAGAUCUUCAUCCCUAAUGAUUUGGUUGGCUGCAUUAUUGGAAAAGGCGGACAGAAGAUCAAUGAAAUUCGCCAAUUGAGUGCCAGUCAUAUCAAGAUCAUGGAUCGUGGCGCCGGCACAGCUGCGGGCGGGACCGGAUCGGAGCGUUUGGUGACUAUUACUGGGCCGCCUCCGAACAUUCAAAUGGCAGUCACUCUUUUAUAUCAGCGCCUUGAGCAGGAAAAGCUUCGCCUAUCUCAAAAUGCAAGUGGCGGAAUUUAA